GGGGAAAAAUAUUAUAAAAUAGUAAAAGCGCCUUUUUAUUUUUCCGCUUAUUUUUACCUCAGUUUGUGUCAUUUUAUAACAAAUUAUAACCCUAAACAUAAAGUUUUUAUAAUUUGUAUUAAGCAAAUAAUUCCAGUGCGAUAUUAUUUAUAAAGAGUAUUUCUUUUCCAAUUCGAGCAAAAAUUUAAUAUCAUUUUUAUGGCAAUAAAUUGAACGCUAGUUUGUUUUCAUUUUUAUAACCUUCAAUUUUAUGAGUACAAAGUUUUAAACAAAAUGCGUACUGCUGAAAAACAAUUGAAAUCUAAAAGCAAAAGCGGAAGCUUAAUUACCAAAAAUGUAGAUAACAUGAAGAAAUAUACGGCUAGUAAUAUGACGAAAAUGCUGCUCCUUUGCGUCGAACUUUUCCUAUUUAUUUCUUUCAUAUCUGUGUUACAAAAUUUUAAUCAUGGCAUACAUUAUAACCCUAGGAACAGUCAACAAAAUGAGAAAGCCAGGAACGGCUUUAUAACGAGCAGACAAUUAUCUCUUCUUCACACUCAUCAUCAUGAUCAUCACCAUGGACAUGGCAUUCAUAGUCACGGUCUUCACACUCACGGUCUUCACGAUCAUGGCAUUCACAGUCACGGCAUCCACAGCCAUGGCAUUCACAGUCAUGGAAUUCACAACCAUGGCAUUCAUAACCACUGUUCCGAAACCAUUGUGGAAAGUUGUGGGGUAGGGGAUCCCACUUCCAUUAAUAAAUAUAAACGUGAUCCAUCGUACAAUUUCCCAUUAGACAGAUGUAACAAGAGAUUGAAUAGAACACAUCAUCACACCACCGUAUUUCCAGAUGCUUGUACAACAACUGUACAUACGACGAAUACCAGCUGCGUAAAUAACUUACCAUAUUCCCCCAUAACUCCUCCCUGCACAACUCAAUACGUUAAUACCCAUACACAUCAUCACCAUUCACCACAUGCAUGUGAACCAGGGUACUCGAUGGUACAGGCAGUAAUUGAUGAUACUAUUCACAGUGCACUAGCCCAUAGUAAUAUGCAUUGUUCACCAUAUUCCGGCUGCGGGGGAUUCAGGGCGCGAUAUAUAACCCCAUGGGUAACGAGGUUUAUGGGGUUACCAAUUUAUGGUAGAGGAUUAGUAUCACUUGCUUUGCUUGCGUUACCAAUGAUUAUUGUUGGAGUUAUUAUUGCAGUAGUAGCAAGUUAGUAAGUGUUAGAUUUCUUAAAUUCGUUGCUGUAUAAUGGAAGAGAGAUAAUACCAAAAAGGGCGUAUUAUAUUUAUCAAAAUGAAAAGUAUUAUUAAUCAAUACAAUGGGCAUUAUACAUAACUGAAAUUAGUAAAGCAGAAUAUCAUAAUAUUAUAAAAAAAAGGAAAAACAUGUAAAUCUUUAAAUUUAAGAGGGUAACUUUCUUAUAGUUAAUUACUCAUUUAUUGAAUAUUAAAAAGAAUGCAAUCUAUAUCGCCUAUUCUAAGUAUCCUACAUAAUUACGCACUUUUCAAUGUAUUAAUACAGAUUUUUUCUUAAUAUAUAAAUAUUUUCGGGUAACUUUCAUUCUGAAGAUAUUUGUAAAUUUUUUCUUCUAAGAAAUAUCGAUUUAUUAGUACAUAAAUGUAAAGUUAAAUCAAUAGUUACAUAUAUUUUAAUGUUAAUCUGUGCAACUAUUUGUGAUAUGAAAGCCAGAAGAAUUUGAGAAUAUUUAAUACAUGUGUAUAUAUAGAUUAUUCAUUUUUACCGCAUGUU